UGGAAAAUUAAAUAUAUUUCAAAUAAACUAUUAUAUUAUAAUAUGAUUUUAUUUAACCGCAAGCGUUGGGUCCUCUAACGUGCAAAUGUGGCUGACUAAGUUUGCUUGGUUAAGCAUUUUUCUCUCCACUUUUCAAGGAUCUUAACCACCUCUCUUAUUUAAUUUCUCUUAUAUAUUAAUUAGAAAACAUGGCAGAAGGAAGCAGUAUCCCAUACGAACCCCCCUGCUUGAGGCUAUUCUCCCUGCAAACUUUAUCUUCUAAAAGGCUCUUGAGCUUUCUUCUUUCAUAUACGGAAUACUUCGUAUACUCGUGUUAAUUAAUAUACUCCUUGACAUAUAUUUUAUUCUUCUUCUAUGGAGUUGUACGAAGUAUACAAACACCCCCAUAUAUCAUUAUCUUUAAACUCUGCUGGAUUACAAAAUGAUAUAUUCUAUCCUCGUAGUCCUGUGUCCGGCGAUUCGCCGAAGGGCUCGUUAAAUCCUGGGGAAAGAUUUCCGGCCACCGGAAAUACUUUCUUAAGGACAGCGUCUAACGCGUCUCGAGCCAUUGUCUUUCUUGUUAUUUUCAUGUGCAGAAACUAGUUUCCGGAAGUGAGCAGAAGAGGCGACAAGCACGUUUAGACUUGCCGUUGGAAGUUUUCGGAGAGGAAGAAAGAAGAAGCGGUUCGUUUGAAGACGUCGGCCAGGUGGCGAGAAUAUUUCUCCUACAAUCUUAAGAAAGUAUUUGUCGGAAAAACCUGUCCUGGUCAUCACCCUCCGGAAAACUCCCGUUGGUGUCUCUCUGAAAGUAUCGGACAAGGAUCACUGCUGCGAUCUAUGUCAACUGCCCUGCUGUGAUUCCGAUUAAAUGAGCCGCUGAAAUCUUUGUUCACAAAGAGGCUACCAAACUUGGUAUUUCUAUUACUCCGUAAUUAAUUUAGUCUUGCCAAUUUUAUACCUUCGUGAAUCUGCCAGCUGCAUUAUUUUAUCUCAAUUUGUGAUUAUUUUAUGUGUCACCCUUUUUACAAUAAGACUUAUUUUAAUCCCACUUAUUUUAAUAAAUGUCAUUUUAUGUGAUAAAAAGACAACUGUGGAAAACAACAACCCACUUAAAUCAAAAUUAAAAUUGAUUAAAAGUGAUGAUAUUUUUAUUGCGGUUGUUUAUCAAAGUUGUAAAAUAAAUGAUGUCAAUGAAUGGAUGGUAGACUCUGGGGCUACAAAGAACAUUUGUCAACACAAAAGUGCUUUUACCUCCUAUAGUACUACUACUAGAGAUGAUGUAGAGCUAGUGUACCUAGCGGACUCAAAAACAACUAAGGUGUAUGAUAAAGGGAAAGUUCUUCCUAAACUCAUAUCGGGAAAAACUUUAUCACUAAAUGACAUGCUUUAUGUGCUUGAGAUUCGGACUAAAUUAGUUUCCAUUUUUCUCUUGCUAAAAGCUGGGAUUAAAGUAUCUUUUGAUCGUGACAAAUUUGUUAUGACCAAAAAUGAUGUUUUUGUGAGUAAAAGUUAUUGUAAGAAUAAUAAUGUGCUUACUAUUUUUAAAUUAUUGCAUGAUAAUUAAUGCUUCCACUUGUUUAUAUGAUUUAUUCGUACGAGUAUGAUAUAUGAUGAGUAUAUGACAUUCGUUGGAAUGUUUUAUUUACUUUGGAUUACUAGUUCAAUAAUAUUGUUCGGUAUAUCUGUGAAUGGGUUUAGCUUCCUGUGAUUAUUAAAAUUUAAAAUUGCAUUAAAGCUAGUUUUGUAUACAUGCUGACUGUGAGUUUCACUACGUUAGUAUUUGCUUGAUUAGUUUUCGUAGAGGAGACUUUUGGUCAUACUUUUAACUCCUAAAGUAUGAAUUUUGCUCGCAUGCAUUUUAGUAUGUAAUGUAAAUCAAGUCAUGAGCAUAUAUUGUUGAGAAUUCUUGUGCAUGCACUUAGUCUGGAUUAUAUUGUACUCCGCAUAUAUGAAGACUUCUUCACAUGCUAUGUUAUUAGCUGUAUGCUAUUCCUUUUGGAAAAUCAUGAAGUGUAUGUUGAUAAUGAUUUGUUACCUGCCGAUGGUUUAGUAAUAUAAUGUCUUUGCACCUGUUUUAAAAUUGAAAAUGUGGGGGCUGAUUUGCAAUGAUGCAAUUUUACGUAAUAUAUUGUAUAUGCUUGAAUAAUUUCUUGACCAUUGUUCAAAGUGGAGUUGUAUGUAUAUGCUUAUAUUCUCAGAUCGUAUGUUUGUCUAUAAUGAAUUUCGAAAACUUUGAAUCUAAUUAUAUUAUGCAUGCUAUUACUCCUUGAUAGCUGUAUGUUACUUAAGUAACUAUAUGGGGCUAAAUAAAUAGCAAUAAUUUUUGUCUUAUGUUGUUGAUUUUAUAGAAAUUUAUUUUGAUUCUUAAAGUGUGAAUUUGUAAUUAAAAAUCCACAAACUAUGUUAAACCUGACAUAAAAUUUAUGUCAGAUACCAUUAAUUGUGGCAUACAUUUGAUUGAGAUUAUCCGUUGUAAUAAAUUGAUUCAACGAUGACAUGUUUUAUUAAGAAAUGGUCAUUGUACUAAAGCGAUACUAUACAAUGAUGUUAUACGAGAGUUAUCCAUUGUAUUAUAAUGAUACAAUGACGUUAUAUAGUUUAUUGAGAGUUAUCCGUUGUAUCAUCGGGAUACAACGAUGCCAUCUGAGUUGAAUGUCACACAUGCGAUCUUGAGUUACAAAUUGGAGAAAUAAAUUUUAAUGUUCAUUAUGAAUAUUAAAAUUGUGAAUUUGUUAAAAAUAACAAACUGUGUGAAACCUGACUUAAUGUCGGAAGAUUGAGCAAAAUCAUGGAUACACAAAAAGUGUAUUUGGUGAGCUAAGCCAUUGUAUUAAAGACAUACAAUGAUGAUAUCAUUUUAAGUGAUAUUGUUGUAUAGACGUAUACAAUAAUACCAUAUGAAUUAACUAUAAAGUUAUUAUUAACUUUGAUAAGAGGAGUUAGUUUUCUCCUUUGGCGCGCGAAAAUCCGGAUAUUGUCGUUUUUAUACAUCGAGGGAAAUGGACCGUCACUUGUUAACAAAUAGGGAUGGUAACCCAACCUGUGUGAUUGGAGAUCCCAUGAAGCAGGUUCAUAUGGGUAAUAACAAGUCUUCUAUUUGUUCUUGCUAGCCUAUUAUGUCCAUUUCUAGGGUGAGGCUAGACUGCAUUCGCUGUGAGGCUGAGCUAAAACUCUUAAUGAUUUUCAUAGCCUUAUGGCUGGUGUGUUAAGUGCAGAACACACUUGAUGAGAUCACCUAUAUGAGUGUGAGGUGGGGCCGCCUCCAUGAAGCAUGACAACGCUUCUAGAGCACUCACGAACACCAGGCACGCGCACGGCCGAAAAGCGCACCACGGCGUUAACGCGAGGAAUUGUGGGGGGUGAGACAUGACCAUUAAGACCCUGAUUUACCAUAGUAGCUUCUUGGUUCAUAGAAACUAUACGUUUCACCAAAAGCUCGGUUUAUAAAGACUUAAUCGUCUCGGUUUGGUUCAUAGUCUUCGGGCACCAGACUUAAAGUCUCAUUCCUGCUAAUCCAGCAGAUUUUUCAAAUUGUGUUUUAACCUCAAAUGUUUAUUUGAAAUAUGUGGGGGAUUGUUGGAAAAUUAAAUAUAUUUCAAAUAAACUAUUAUAUUAUAAUAUGAUUUUAUUUAACCGCAAGCGUUGGGUCCUCUAACGUGCAAAUGUGGCUGACUAAGUUUGCUUGGUUAAGCAUUUUUCUCUCCACUUUUCAAGGAUCUUAACCACCUCUCUUAUUUAAUUUCUCUUAUAUAUUAAUUAGAAAACAUGGCAGAAGGAAGCAGUAUCCCAUACGAACCCCCCUGCUUGAGGCUAUUCUCCCUGCAAACUUUAUCUUCUAAAAGGCUCUUGAGCUUUCUUCUUUCAUAUACGGAAUACUUCGUAUACUCGUGUUAAUUAAUAUACUCCUUGACAUAUAUUUUAUUCUUCUUCUAUGGAGUUGUACGAAGUAUACAAACACCCCCAUAUAUCAUUAUCUUUAAACUCUGCUGGAUUACAAAAUGAUAUAUUCUAUCCUCGUAGUUCUGUGUCCGGCGAUUCGCCGAAGGGCUCGUUAAAUCCUGGGGAAAGAUUUCCGGCCACCGGAAAUACUUUCUUAAGGACAGCGUCUAACGCGUCUCGAGCCAUUGUCUUUCUUGUUAUUUUCAUGUGCAGAAACUAGUUUCCGGAAGUGAGCAGAAGAGGCGACAAGCACGUUUAGACUUGCCGUUGGAAGUUUUCGGAGAGGAAGAAAGAAGAAGCGGUUCGUUUGAAGACGUCGGCCAGGUGAAUUCACAUUUGAAGAUCCACCAGGCAGCAACUCGUACGACUUAAUUUAUUUGAAGUGACAAUAAUACACUCAAUUAAAAGCUAAAGGACAUCGGCCAAUCCACCUGCUUAUCUUCUGCAACAUGAAAUUGGGAGUGCGAGCAUGACUUCAAUGUGAGAGCCAGUGAGUGCAUUCGAGAUAUGCACAUUCGCCUCAAACAUCUUCGGUCACCUUCUCGAAGCCCAGGGCCUUCACCACACUGCAGAGCGGCGGUGCGAGGACAUGGUCCACCAGUUCACUCCCACGCUGCACCCCUUUCAUGCCGCUCCCAUCGUCAUCACCAAAAUCAACAAUCCUUACGCAUAACCCAUUUAAUUUGGAACAAUAAUUAAUUGCAAAAGCCUCUUUUUCGAUCUCACUCCUUUUUGGAUGGAAUCUCGAUCAACAAAGUUGCUGGAAUGUAUUUUUAUUUUCUCCUAGACCAUACUUGUAUCUAUAUACACAACAAGCUAAGGGAUGUGGAAAACUAAACUAUUUUCUUUUAAUGCAUGGCAGCUAAUUUAUAAAUUAGUUGCUGCUGCAGCUUAUAUAUCAAUAAACUUCAUGUGCUUCAUAUAA